CCCUGUCUCUCUCUAGCCCUUCAGCUCUGCUGUCCCUGAGCCAGGCUUCUCCUGCUUUCACUCUAGGCAAGCCACAAUGGGGAUGGGGACAUCCAGAUCCUUGGCUGUGCACAUCUCUUGAGCUUACAUUGCUUUUGUACUGCUGAUCCUUGUGCAUGAAUUUCCUUCUGGUGUUUCCUGUAGCAAUACUAGUGUGGCUUCAGUCACUGGGAUGGACCUGCAAGCCCAAGCAAGGGUGGUUGGGUGAAAUGAGAAUUAUUGGCCAGUGGAGAUAUUGCCUGCUGCCAUUUAUUAGUGCUGUGAAAGCCUGCUGCUUUCUUAAUUCGGAUUUAUGAACAGCUUAGCUUGCAGCAACUUUGGGGGAACAUUUAUGGCAAAUAUCCACCCAAGCUGCUUUGACAGAGGAAGUUAGGCAGUUUUACUAGGCGGUGUCAGAGCUCCCAUUCGGAGCUGCUGGCUGCGCCCUCAGCAUAUGGUGAGAGCAUUGCCCUUGUUGUGAGGGAUGCAAAGAGGCAGGACAAUGCCGAGGGCCACCACAAAGCCUGGGAAAAGCUGAGGUCACUGGAAAACCCUGCUGCCAUAGGAGCUUUGGGAUAGCAGGAGCUUUUAGGUUGCUGCUAACCAGGACUAUUGAGGACCACAAGUCCCAGGAAGACAAACUGCAGCAGCAAUGCUUCACUUUGUACCUCCAGGAGCAGCCCAAGAUGCAAACAUCCCUUGUCUGCCUGUGCCUGUGCCUGCUCAGCACAGCCCUCGCCACACCAGUGCCACCGCCGCUGCCUAGGAAAGCUGCUGGGAACUGUGUGGGACAGCACCGGAUACUUCUGAAAAGCUGCAACGCCAAGCUUGGCUUCUACAUGUUCAAAUAUGUCUACGCAUUCUCAACGCAGAGGAACCAGACACAGAUAAAGAAAGAAGAGGCUGACCACCAAAGUGUCAUCCCCAGCCACCGGCUGGACGAAGAUAAUGCCAGACAAGAGCCACCGGCUGGCUCGGCUGGGGCGGCCCCAGAGCACAGUGACAACAGUAGCACUGAAGUGAUCGAGUAUGGGAUUGUCUUCAAACCUAAAAACCACAGCACCCCGGGCAUCAGCAGGGAUGGUCCCAGUCCUCACCCUGGCACUGGCACACAAGUGCGUGGCAGCGGUGGUGGCACGGGUCCCAUCCCAUCCAGCUCAGAGGGCAGCGGCGAUCUGGAUUUGGUGGUGGAGGUUGACGGCGGUGUUCCCAUUCUUCCUCAGGGUGAACGCCCCAGUGAGGUUGUGGUGGGGAACAGGUCCAGUGUCAGGAGUGAGGAUAAGGAUGAUGGUGCCCCCAGGGUGGUUCCGGUGGGGGAGGCCAUGACUGAUGGGAGGGGGAGGGCUCCUACUACCAGAGGGGCAGGGGAUGAGGGCAGCGGGGAGGCCACUGUCUCUGGCCAAGGGCAGGAGGGUGUUAAGCAGGGUACAGGGACAGGAGGCAUUGCUUUUUCCUCUGUCACUGAGAAGAUGGAGGAUGUCCUAGUGGAUGCUGCAGGUGUGGAUGAAUAUGCUUACAUCCCCAAUUCAGGCAGUGUCACCAUCACCCGUGGUAGCCUGGGCAGCACAGACAGGGCCAACGGCUUCACCCAGCUCUCUCCAGGCAAGGAUGACGAGGUUAACAUCUUCAUUAGGAGGGCCAACAUCCAGGUGGGGGAGCAGGAAACCACCCGGGCUGGUGUCACAGCGGGUAGGGAGAAUGGCAGCAUCCCCUCUGUGGGAAGCAGCAGGCCCCUCCGCAGGCUGGACGUCACUGCGGCACCCAGUGGUGAUGAAGAUGACAGCAUCCCUGCCCGCAGGCAGCCUGAAAGACUGGCCACCACAGCCGCGCCAACCCGCGGGGACAGCGUUACCAGCAGCCUCAGGGACGGCCGUCUCACUGGAGAGGAUGAGGAAGGUGCCACCAGCACUGGUGUUGAUAGAGGACUGGUAACCCCUGUCCCCCGGACGGUCACUAGUGGUGACAUUACCAGCCCCACAGUGGCCAGAAUCCAUGGGAAAGAUGAUGAUGAGGUGAGAGGAGAGGGGCAGAAGUCCAAGGGGAAGCCAGACCAUGUGGCUACCACGGCCCCCCACCACUGGGGUGACAUGGAGGCCACUAUUACUGCCCCAGCCAAGGGGGCCAGCAUCCGCCCGGCUGCUACCGAGGGGGACCGCACCACCCCGUCGGUGACAGCCAGCAGCCACAAGGCAGGCACGGGCACUGUGCUGGGCAGGGGAGGGAGUGGGGAAGUGGGGACAGCCACCUCCAGACCCUCCCGUGUGGAAGCACGGCCCGGGACAGGGAUGAGGGUCCGUCCAGGGGGAGCAGGGCUGGACAAGACACCCAGGAUGGGCAUAGCACCAUCCCCCAGUGGGAAACCCAGCGGCUGGGCAUCGAGCGGGGCCCAGACAAGUGUUGGUGGCUACGACGGCGAUGCCGGGGGCAGGUCUCAUGCCACGAAAGCAGGAGCCAGCCCCGCUCCACAGGCAGGGCAAGGCACGGGCAGCGUGGCAGCGGGCACGGGCCGGGAGCGGGGGCGAGGAGGAGAGAGCGAGACAGCAGUGCCGGGGGCCAGGGGCGGCCGCCUGCCCGGGCACCGUGGCAGGAGGCCGGGAGCUGGGGCGCCGGGCACCAUGGCGACGCUGGGCCGCAGCCGGCAGCUGGACCAGGUGAAACGCGCUGACGAGCUCCACGUCCGCGAGCGGGCCUUUUACAGCCUCGGCGGGGCGGGCGGCGGCCCCCAGGGCCCCUACCCCGGCCUCGGGAGCGCCGACAGCAGCCAGUCCUCCGAGGGGGACCGGGGCAGCCACAGCGAGAGUGGACAGACGGGACUGCAGCCCUCGGGGUGGGGAUCCCCAGGGUACCCCCAAGGCCGCUGGAUCCAGGGGCCCCUCUGAGGCACGGCCGGUAUCCACCCCGGUAGGCUCCAGCGGCGGAGUUGGGGGGGUCCCACGUUUUCUCCCUUGGCAUCCCCGCUGCGGGCUCUGCUCUUGCCUGGGUGAGGGGCAGGUUGCUGGGGGCACACGGUGCUUCACAGCCCAGGAGCCAAAAAUCACUGGUUCACGCGAUCUGCUGUUAAUCCGGGGGAGGCUGCGCAUGGCACAGCAGCAGGAAUGCACGAGUGUGCUGUGCUAGACAGCCAGGGAACAGCAGCUAUGCUACAGGGCAUAGGGUAGCGGUGUUUGUGCACUGAUGCAAAGCAACUAAAGAAGCAGUGAGAAAAAGCCUCUGUCCUCGCAGUUUCACUUCCAGCCUACUGGAGAAAUA